AUGGGCGCGCACCCGACGCGUCUGCUGCGGCCUGCGCUGCGUGCCGCCGCGGCUCGGCCGGGCCGCCCCCCCGCCAGGGGCUUCGCCCAGGCUGCUCACAGGAAAGGAAAGAAGCCCACCCCGCGGAGUAGUCCUACCGGUGGGAAAAACAAAAAAGGCAGCAGCGGCAGCGGCAUCAGCAACGGUAACCGCAUCAGCAACGGUAACCGCAUCAGCAGCGGUAACCGCAUCAGCAGCGGCAACCGCGCCAACUGCCACCGCGCCAACUGCCACCGCGCGUCCAUCUUCCACGACCAAGUGACAGACAAGAACAACGCGAGCGACAAUGAAAAGAUUCUGGGGAUACUUCAGAGCAGUGCAAUCGACCAGCUGAGCGUGCAGGAUUGCACCCUCUUCCUCAACCAACUCAUUCGCAACAAGAGGAGCAAACAUAGGGACAGCGAGAUGAAGGACGCAGGCAAAGUGAAGCUGACGUCAUCCCUAUAUAAAGAAGCUAUAUCAAAAAUUAUACGCAGCGUACUUACCUUUGAGGAGAGAUACUUUUGUUUUUUCUUUCAAAGAUUUGCAGAGCUUCGGGAUUUAAAUGCGAUGGAGCAGAUGCUCCUGCACAUGCACACGAAGCAGUUGUUCCGGUCCUUCACGCUUUACCAUUUGACGGAUGUCAUUUACUACGUGGCCAUCCUCAAUUUCGAGAGGGAGAAGAGCGAAGAGGCGCUGGAGACCAUCCUGGGUUACCUCCUCUCCAACGCCAUUCGCGCCAAUGGGUAUGUGAGACACCUGGAGAGGCGGCUCGUCAACCACGCAGGUGUGCAGGGCGCGGAUGGAAAGCCUGUGUAUAUAAGGAGCUCUGCCAAGCGCAGGGAGGCGACGCGGAAGGAAUCGACGCGGAAGGAAGCAGAGAGGAAGAACGCGACCACCCUAGUGCCACACACCCGAGAGGGUCACUGCACCCCCCAGUUCGACGUGAACUCCCUCUCCAACGUGAUGCUGCACAAGCUCAUCUACGGGUUGGCCAAAAUCAAUCGCAAGAGAGCCCUCGUGAGGGAACUCCUCACACUGCUCGUCCCAUACAUUCGUUUCCAGCUGCAGACUAAACAUUACGUCUUCUCCAGUGAGCGACCAGAUGUCAUCGUCAAGGUGUUGUGGUCCUAUGCAUUUCUACACGUGAGACACGUCAACCUCUUUGUGGAUUUCUCCCUCUGCAUUCAAGUCGCCAUAAACCAACUGCAGCUGGAUCAACUUAAAAUCGUAAAAAAUAUUUUUUUAAAUUUUUUUAUUUUUGAUGAGUUGCUACUAGACACAUUGGAGGAGCGCAUCGGGGAUAUCGAGGAGAAGUGGCCGGGCCCCCUUUCGCAGCCGAGGAAGAAGCCCUUUAAGAAGAAAAAGAGGCGAGUGGCGCUCACGGACCAGGUCAAACUGAGGAUGCAGCGGUGA